AUGCAUAAAAAAUUGAAAACAAAGUAUUUGAAUGGACGAAUAGAUGGUGCAAUGGUUAAGAUACCUUGCACCGCAGAUGAUUCAACGCAAGAGAUGAUCCUUCCUUAUAACUCUACCAAAAGUGAUUUGUGCGAAUUUAAAGUUGAAAUGAUUCAAAUCAGGUGCGACAAUCUCUACAUCAGAUGUAAAUCAAUUCGCAACAUGAAAAACAAAGCAUCGAAGUCGGAAAAAAAUGUACACUACACUCAUAUACUCAAGUUGACUGAAAAUUUUCAGAUUCCAACUCUCAACUUCACUUCCGGAUUUAUGCUCGUAAAAAGUUAUACUUUAGCAUUACAAUUUGAAGAAAAAACUUUGGUUAAUGGCGAAAUUUGCUGA